GUCAAACAACUCGUGAGAGUCCUGAGCUAACAAGACAAAGUAUUUCUGAACCUAGUGAUCUCGCUGAGUUAACAAGAGAGAACAUUUCUCAUCCAAGUGAUUUUGGAGCAAGAGCUGACAGUAAGAUGAAUGAAAGUUAAAACCCGUGCCAAGAACCUCACCACCGUGUUUAGACACAAACUCAGAAACUAUUCAAGCAGUUUUUAAAUUCGUUCCAUUAACAAAAGUCUCCAGGAUGUAUGCCAAAUCUGGUGUAUAACCUUUACUAUGUACAGGUUUUAAACCGAGAACGCGAGAUAUACUGUAAGUCAUACAGUAUAUUGACUCGAAGGCAAAUACAUGACUUAUACUGUAUUUACUAGUUGACUAGUUGAGGAGAUUUUCGAACACGGUUUCAUCAAUUUCAAAGACGUUCGAUUAGGAUUUUUCGGGUUUUGUCGACAAGUGUAAUCUACUUAUUCACGGGUUAUAUGUUUAUAACCUUAUGCAUCCCGCAACACAUUAAAGAGAACCGACUCAACUAAUAAAUAAUUGUAGUUAACACUUUGCCUAGUUCAUCCCCAAAGAACUUCGCAAAAUCACCCUCAACAUACAAAUUUUAGUUCAUUAUUAUUAUUCAUAGAGUUACGAGGUUGAUCCGAUUUCAUUAUCCCAGGGCUUCUGAUUGCCCAGGGCUUUUGAUUGCCCAGGGCUUCUGAUAGCCAUAAGCGCAGACGCUCUAGGUGCAAGGUUGGGGUAACACCUUCCCCUCUGUUUACUACCUGGAUACCCAGGCUCGAAAUAACGUUUCGUGUAUAUAUAUAUAUGGUUGCGCCAGCUCAGUUCUAAUAGACAAUUCCCAUUAUAAACUGAUUUUAAAACUAGGCAAGGAAAUGCAAAUAAAUCACCACAGCUAGAAAGAGCAUACUAAAAUGAGUAACAUUGCAAAGUUUGGUUGCGAAAUGUUGUAAAAUGCGGAAAAUAUAACCUUGCAAAUUUUGUAUACUUUUGUAUUGCAUGCGGGGAUUGCUACGAUUUUCGGCCGAAAUGUGGUAGCAAUUUCCGCACGCAAUACAAAAGUAUACAAAAUUUGCAAACUUUGCAAGGCUAUAUUUUCCGCAUUUUAUAACAUUUCGCAUUUACUCAUUUUAGUGUGCUCUUUCUAGCUGUUGUAAUUUAUUUGCAUCUGCUUGCCAAGUGUUAAAAUUAGCCUAUAAUGGGAAUUGUUUAUUCUCAAUUUCCAAUGCUCCUCAAGGAUAGAGAGAGAUCUUUAACUGACUAAGGUGAUUUAAUUAAUAAUUAUUGGAUGAGGUUUUUCUGAUAUGCGGAAUUAUCAAGGUCGAGGUAAGCGGAAUUAUCAAGGCCGAGACCUUGAUAAUUUUGCAUAUCGCAAAAACCGAAUUCAAUAAUUGUUUUAUUAUACAUUCGAAGAAUAAUAAACAUAGUAUUAACGCGUGAAAAACUUUAUUUAUGAAAACCUAUCCAUAUUCAUAUUUUUUCUACGUUUGUUCAAAAUUUUGCUUUGCUAGGCUUUGUUUAUGUUAAAUAGAUACCGCUUGCUAAUCAUCGCAGGCUCAUUUGCAGAUAACUCAGUUAUCUGCUAGCAGAUAACUGAAUUUUGUGUAGGUUGCGUGAUUGCGGGAUUUAACUGUAAGCUCUUAGCCAAUCAAAUUGCUUUUACCAUUUUCAAUGUAUAAUAAUACCAGUUAUUUGAAUUAUAUUUAUUUUUCACUUAAUUAAAGAAACCAUUCGUUUCUUCCUCUUAAGGCCUAAUUCCACGACAAGCAAAAUGCGAAAAAUUUCGAGCGAAAACACACUUGUGCGAAAAUUUUCUCUCGUAGCGAUUUCCACACUUGGAGAAAAAAUUCGCCAAAACAUAAGCAUUUGAUUGGUUUCGCUAUUUUGUCAUCCAAAAGACAAGCAUUUGAUUGGUUUCGCUAUUUCCAUUUCGCAACGGAGUAGAAACGAAUUCAACUACUCGGCGAAGAGAAAUAUUUCGCCGAGAAACAUUCCAAAACAAUGUUGCGCAUGCGUUCAACCUUUUCGCGCGAAAUUUUUCGCAUUUCGCUCGUCGUGGAAUUAGGCCUUUACUUAGAUCAUUCACAAGAAAUUGCAAGUACUACCGAGUUUUGUCCGGUUUCGCCCGAUCUGAAGACAAUCUCGCCCGAUCUGGUCACGACUAUAUCCGAACCGACCGUUCCCACACUUUCCCUAUCGGUCCCAGUCCCUUCUGAAGAAAACACAGACGAGCAGGGAUUUAGCCUUCUGAAAGAUGUUUUGGAUGUUGAUAAGAUUGCAACGCUACCGGCGCCUUCUGCGAGAUGUAUUUUUACAAAUGUUCGCGAAAGGUUUCAGACCGCAAGGGCGAGCUCGCCCGAUGAUGAAAUUGAUCCUUUUGAGUUUCAAGACGAGGCUUAUACGCCAUCAUUAAGUAAGCGCAAACGAAAGUCGCGAUAUGAAGAGAGGUCUGGUGCCAAGAAAAGUAAGAGCCAAGAUACUGGCGGGAUAAAUAGGAGUAAUGAUGGUCAAGUGUGGGAAAAUUAUG